UAUUAUUUUCUUUUCCUUAUAAAGGUCCUAUUGCGUUUGCCGCUUCAGAGAGGAGUGCACUGAGGUGAGAGUUUCGCAUUUCCUAAAAUGGACGAUUCGCCGGAAGUCGAUGGCUACGACCAGAAGAGCUUUUCGUCAGGAGAAGAAGAAGAAGAAGACUCGUGCCGGAUUUGUCGAUCGCCGGAGAAACCAGGGAACCCGUUGAUGUUUCCGUGCUCGUGUCGAGGCUCAAUCAAGUACGUCCACCAAGAUUGUCUUCUCAUCUGGCUCGAUCGUCGCGGAUACAAGAAAUGCGAGGUAUGUGGGCGUAGCUACUCUUUUGUUCCAGUUUACUCCGAGAAUGCUCCCGAGAGGCUUCCAUGUAACGAGUUUCUGAUUGGUGUCUCAUCGAGAGCAUCACGUUACAUUAAGUUGAUUGGUCCUUGGAUUGCCGUGAUUCUCUUGAACACCUACUUCGUUUCUUUCCAUCCUUGGGCUCAACAAUUCGCUGCUGACUCCCGGAGUAGAGAUUCUUGGAUGUCUCGGAAGCUCCCUUACUUGCUCCCUGGCCUGUUAUACAACAGUCUUGUCUCGUCUUUCAUGAAUAUGGCCACUUCGGUGAUGAUAGAUACAGGAGAUGUCGAUGUCAGGAGAUUCGGCCGAGUCGUCCAGGUUUUGUGGAAGUAUCUGACGAUCCUUUCUGUUUGGCAUCAUCAUAAGAUGGUAGGCGUCUUGGGCCAACCUCAGAGACCAAUCGUGCUUCCUCAAAACGCGCAGAUUCAUGAGUUUGGGGUUAUCCGUCAGCUGCUCUUCUUUCUGGAUGAUGAUGCCUUUGCUCUUCUUGCCAUCAGCGUAUACGUGUCUACCCUCUUUGUUCUCCUUCCCGUUUGGAUUGGAUGGGUUGUAUUAGCAACUUCUGGAGGCAGCUUUCUGUCUGUAAACUCGCCUGUUAUUCUCGGAUACAUGACGCUGCUGUCAGCUUGCUUUGCUUACUUCACUCUCCCUCUAAUCCCAUUUCCAGCCAUAGUCCGGUGGGUUUCUCUGGGAGUUCACUUCACAGCACUGAAACUGCCAUCUCUUUUGUGGGCUUUCUCUGUAAAAACCUGCAAAACCCUUCAAAGUCAAACCUCAUUUCAAGCCAUAGUCCAGUGGGUUUCUUUGGGAUUUCACUUCGUUGCAGUGAUCUUGCCACCUCCCUUGUGGAUUCUCAUUAAGGAUUCUUUCGUCUUGUGUAUCAAAAUUGGUGUUUUGCCUUGGAUAAUUGGCUGUUGGCUCGAAAUCUGCACCUCCCCUCUGUUUGGAACCGGAUUUUUCCAGAUAUUUGAGACUCUUUCAGACUUGCCCUCCAUGACGACCCUACGUUGGCUUUCUGGUAUCCUUUGCUUGUUGGUUGCUGAGUCUUUCAUGAAACGUAUCCAAGAGAUCAUUCAUAAAAGAGCCUUUUGGUAUCUCCUAGAUGUCACAGAUCCAGACUACAAGAUCACCAAAAUGAACUUUGGUCACACUUUCUUUGCGCUUGCUUCUCAUGGGGUAUUGUUGGUGAUUAUGUUUCACUUACCAAUUAGGGCAAUUACACUUAUCAGCCCAUCAUUUUUCCCUCUUCAGUUAUGGGUCAUGGACGAAAAGGUUUCUUUUGGUGCACGCUUUGUUUAUGUCAGACUACUAAUGGCAUCCCCCAAAUGGUUACUAGGACUUACCAAACCAGCUGUGGAACUCAUAGUUCAGAACUGGAUUGUCACUGUUAGUUCUUGGCUUGAGCUGAGUGAUUUCUUGCUGGUUGGGCCCAGAGGACCAAUGAUGCAACCAAGAAGUACGCUUUUAUUUUAUUCCCUAGCUGAAGGCUCUAUGGUCACUUUGCACGGAUCUCAGAAUGCUGAAGAAGAUGUUAAAGACCAAAGAGAUAACAGGUUUCUGCUGAGGGUUGCAUUGAUGUUGGUGCUAGCUGCUUUGAGUAUGUUCAUCGUUAGUACAGCCUUCAUGGGUUUACCUAUUUUUCUGGGGAGAGGUUUCCUUGAGUCUAUGUCUUUCAUUCUAAGAUAUUAUGGACUCAAACGUGACGAUCUUUGUGCUUUUUGGAUUGGAUAUAAUACCUGGACAGGGAUCUAUACCUGCACUUGCUUUGUAUAUGAUGAAAUUCACAAGGGAAGAAUCGAUGUGCUUCUCAGAGAUGUCUCUGAAUGGAUACGAAAUGUAUUGCUUUUCUCCAUCUGGGUCACUGUCAUACCGGGACUGCUCGGUGUACUUAUCGACCUUAUGGUCAUUAUCCCAACACGAGUACCGUUAGACGAGUCACCGGUCUAUUUCUUGAUCCAAGAUUGGCUGAUAGGAGUAGUGGUGCUUCACAUAUGGGCCUUGCUGACAAUGCUCACGCCUAUCAACUGGUUUGCAACUGAGGCAUGGAGAAGAAAGUUUGAAAGAAUCAGAACUGUUGGAAUUGAUAGACUUCCUUCAAUGUGGCUGCUUCGAGAAGUGAUCGGUUCACUUAUAAUCACACUUAUAACCACACUCUCCAUCCCUUACCUGCUCGUGAAGUCAGUGUUUCCAUUGCUUGGGUUUCAAGAAAGCGUCAACUCAGCAGUUGAGCGGCUUAUAUGGCCGGCGUUAUUAGCCUUGAUAGCGGUUUGGUUCAUGGUCAAGCUAACACGUGAAGUCGUUAUCAACGUUCACCAAUUGGUCUUCAAUGAACGGUACAUGGUGGGUGAAAGACUGGACAAUUUGGCUGAAGAAGAAGAUACAGAGCUGCGUAUAUAAUCCAUGGACUGGAGUGUGAAAAACAAUGAGUCUUUUGUUGAUAAUCAGAAACAUGUUAUUGUCUUUAGUAAUGGUUAACUUUGACAGUAACUAGACCAAACCAAAUUUACAUAUAAUAUGAACCAGCCGGUUCAAAACUUUGGUUUUA